AAUGGAUUAAAUUAGCAUUGACCUAGAACUCCUAGAAGGCGACGCGACAAGGCUAAGAACAAGGACUCCCGAAUCCUCAGGUAAAAUGAAAUUUUUAUUACUACUCGCGUUUGUGGCCACGGUAAGCGCGUUACCUCGUCUAGAACAAACCAGUCCAGCAAACGACGCACCACUUGAGCCAUGGGGCCCGUCAGAAGGGUCAGGAGAUGGAGAUAUUCCAUCGGAAAAUGGAUCAGGUCCAUCUUCUCCACAACCUCACGAAAUACCAGAAGAAUCAGAUGAAGAUGAAAGUGAUGAAUAUGAAGAUGAUUCCGAUGAAAAAAUAAACAUUGGCGAUUUAAUUAACGCUCUAAGCGGCAUCAGAGAAGCUCUUCAUCAGAAGAUUCAUGACAAACUAAGGCAACAUAAAAACGAGGAUUCGGAUCCUGAAGAUGUCAAUAAUGUGCCAUCAGAAAGAGUUCCUGCAGACGAAGACAACUCAAAUGAUACGACCGCUGAUGCUCCUCUACCAGGCAAUGGCACUGAAGGACCCAGUUCUCCUUCUUCAAACAAUACUGAUUCAGGCAACAACACGGUAUCCAACCAAAGACCUAACAUUAAUUUUACUGCCAUCAAAAACGAAAUACAUGAAAAAAUUGAGAACAUUCUAUUGAACAUUUUACGUCCAUUGCUGGGUAAUAACAGUGAACCAGAAAAUGGAACAGCUGUCAAUCUUCCUCAACCAGGCAACAAUACUCAAGCUCCAUCCAAUGAAACUGGCCCUGGUGAUAAUGGCAGAAGACCCCAAGAUGUAGGACCUAGUAACAACUCAGUUAUUGCUCCUCCUCAACCAGGGAAUAAUUCUUUGCCUCCACCAGAAGUUAAUGCUUCCAACAGUGGUAAUGAAACAGAUGAAGCCGAAAUUUUAGCUAAUGAACCAGCUACUGUUGGUUCAGGACCUAGCUCAGGUAGUGAAGUGAUACGAGGAUUUCAACCAAUUAAUGUAGAGCCAGCAUCGCAAAGUCAAGUGAGAUUUGUUAAUACAUACCCUGUAGGAGUGCCUCUACCUGGACUUCCGCAACCUGAUCCCACUGUUCCUCAUCGUCAUCGUUACUAAGAUAUUGACGAAGUUCAACAUACAGUUUCAACUUAUAAUUA